AUGUCAUCGCUCCAGGAAACAAAAGCAAAAGAAACAGCUACCAGGAAGACCAACGAUGGCCACCUAAUUGUUCUCGGAGCCAAACUGAGCGGAAGAAAUGUCGGUGGUGUUGGAUUCCUCGUCCACCAUCGGCUCGAGCACAUGGUCGAUUCAGUCGAAGUGAUCGGCCCGCGACUGGCCAUCCUACGUCUACGCAUCGACAAGCGCACUUUCGUUAGUAUUAUCAACUGCUAUGCACCGACGUCAGCAGCUACGGACGAAGAAAAGGACGCGUUCUACAAGGAAUUGGAGGAGAUGAUAAAAAGGGAACGGUCCUACUACAAAUAUGUUGUCGGAGACUUUAACGCAAGCGAAUGCGAUCUCUUUCACGGAAACAGCUUCUUCACGAAAAAAGAGGAUCGGCGAUGGACGUGGGAGAGUCCGAAUGCCACGACUCACAGCGAAAUCGACCACGUUCUCACUAACAGGAAGUGGAGUCUGCUCGACGUCAGCGUGGUGGAUGCAUUCCGCACUGGGAGCGACCAUAGGCUGGUCAGAGCAAAAAUUCGUCUCCGAGCGAGAAUCCGAAGACGCGACUUCUUCCGACCUCCUCCCAUACGGCUGCCACAUUACGACACAAACGUCAUGGAGGCGGCCGCCGCUCACUACACGUGGCAGGAGGCGCAAGACUUGUCGCAAGACUAUACCAUGCUCAUAGAAGGACUUCUACAUUGCGCUAUGGCAUCGGCUAUCACAACAAGGACGGAUUCGAAAGGCAGGAUUGACGACAAGGCUCGCGCACUUCUGCAGCAACGCGCUGUCGUCCAUCGUAACCCUGCAUCAACACCAUUGGAGCGCGCCAUAGAAGAGUGGGAGGUGGAACACGCCUUGCGUCAAAUGAAGCCGGGGAAGGCACCAGGACCUGACCGCAUCUCAGUAGACUUUCUGAAGUCGGCGUCCCGCACCGUCAUAAAACAGCUCACCAGGCGCUAUAAC